GUCUUGAUAAUUGUCGACCGCUAUCCUUCAACCGAAAGAAUCUAAGACAGUUUGUUUCAAGAUGCUCUUCAAAUAUCUUCCUGUUUUGGCUUCAUGUCUCAUUCUCAACCUCGAUCGUGUAUCCGGGGAAGCAGAAACGGCGAACGGUCCAGUUGAGUUCGUGUGGCCAGAGCAACGUACUUGGUAUGCUGCUUGGCAAAAUAACAGGCCCUGUGGAAGAAAUGAUGGAACGGUUGGGAACCGCACGGAUUUUCCUUUAGACUCAGGGAAAGUUGCACUUGUGGUAUCUGGAGAAACCUGGGAUGUCGUUGUUCGUAUAGCAUAUAUGGACAAGCCAACCACUCAAUCGGAUUUUACUACCCAGAUUUUACAUACAGUCUCCGAACUUGAUGCCGGACAUCAGUGUUACACUAUACCAGACUCUCCAUCCGAUAUUGAAGCUGGUACAAACGCGACAAUCCAGCUUGAAUAUACCUCAACAUACGAUGGGAGUGGGAACGAAACAUUUUAUGCUUGUGCAGAUAUUACUUUCAUAAAAGAGAGUGAUUUUACUACAAGCGUCUCCUGUUUCAACGCUACUGUCACUGGUCCCUCUACUGAGGGCAUUGCGAGCUUUGUCGCAACAUCAGCUGCAACUUCUACAGCGACAGCUUCAUCGUCUACCACCUCAGACUCGUCAUCGUCGGGUUCUAUUGGGCUGUCUAAAUCAGCUGUUGCUGGUGUUGCAGUCGGUUGUAUUGCGGGUGGUCUAGCUUUGGUUGGACUUGCAGUAUUCUUGUUGAUAAAGAAAUACUCGUAUAAGCCUCGAUUCAGAGGAAGAGAACGUGUCGAAAGCGUUAGAUUGAGUACGAUUGAUGAUAAGAUCACACUGUAGAAGAGCCCGGUAUCUCCUAAGGUGCCAGCUACUGUUAUAUGGAUAUAUAUAUAGUAGUAAGCUAUCAGGAAACAAUCCCUGAUACUGUGCCUUUUGGACAGAUUGCGUGUGUGGCGUAGUGGUAAAGCUUACAACUCCUAUUGUGUCCGCUUACGUAACAGCUACAGCCGGGUUCGCUUAUAAUUCCUUAUCAGCCAAUCAA